GUGCUGAAAAAGCUGCCGCUUCUCGAGGUCAGCGAGGCCCAAAGAGAAGGUGCUUUUCGCGAAGCGCAGCUGAUGCGCAAGAUCUCCCGAAAUUGUCCUUUCAUCACUCAGUUCCACGAGGUGCUGCUAUGCAGAGGUGGCACCGUCCUUUGCCUCAUUAUGGAGUAUUGCUCUGGUGGUGACCUGCGCGGCGAAAUCUGUCGCCAGCGAGAUGAGGCUGAGGGCCAGAAGUUUGCUGAAGACCGGCUUCUUCGGUGGGCGUCUCAUAUCGCGCUUGCUCUGCGGCACUGCCACUCGAGAG